GGAACCUUCCAAGUCAUCAUGGAUUGGAGCGGGAAACCAAGGGUAAACUGAAAGGACAUGCAACAUAUUUUAUGGUCUUGUUAAGUUGUACGAAUCGCAUCAAAUCCACGGUUCAGAUUUUCUAGAUGUUUGUAAGGUUGCAGGGUGGAGCAGUCAGUUUCGUGCCUCCGUGAUCCCCUUUUCCUUCUUUGCUGCUCCAUCCCCGCCUUCGGUUCCGGUUUAAUUCUGUGGCAAAACUUGAGCAAUUAGCACGGUGUUGAGGACUAAUGAGCUUUUUUCCAACGAAUUUUCCGUUAGUGCGGCUUUCUGUUUCAAUCGAACAGACCGUCCUGCGUCUUAGACAAGUGUGCAACGACUGGAACUAUAUCGCGCUACAUAUCGUAUCCUCCAUUCAAAGACCACCCUGUUGCUAGUGACGGUUAUAUUUUGAGUAAAAAAAAAUAGAAUUAAAAAUAAAAGAAACGGUUGGCAGGCACGAACUGGGAGCCCUUGAAUGUGAUGAUUACACACGAGGAAUUUAUGCAAUAUCUACUUUCAACAAUUUAUGGACAAAAAAUAACAUCGACAUUUUUUUAUAUCUAAAAAAAAAUUGUUUAAUCAACGUGAUGUGAUACUUCCGUUACGCAAAGUGUAUAGGUAACAGGAAUGAGCACAUUACAAAACCACUGUUAGCAAAGAAAGUCAUUGAUUAGAAAGUCGAGUUCAUAGAUAGUCUGACUUUAGAAGUGUGACAAUGACUUGCGAGAGGAACAAAGAAGAAGAUCGGAACAGAAGAAUUACGAAGGUGAUGGAGCGUAUAGGCAAUGAAGCAGCUCUGCUCUUGGCAAAAACGGAAAGGCUCCGCAUGUUAAAAGACCAUUAUGAGGCGUACCUGAAUAGAGUGUAUCCCAUCAAGAAAAAUUAUUUGAUUGAAAUGUACGACAUUAAGAGCCAUUAUCCCGAGUUAUUUUAUGUAGAUGAACCACUGUAUUCAAUAGACGACUACCUACCUCAAUUUAAGGCAGUAGGUAGAUCUUACUUUGAGGGAAAUACUUCAACACUAAGUUCUGUAUUGGAUAAUAAGUCAACACUCGCAAGUCAGUCAGGGAAAAAUUAUCUACCAGACGUUUUGACUUCACCUGAGAACUUAUUCACGAGUGAAUCAUUGAAUAAUAGGGGUGGUGAGCUAGUAAAUAUGAACUCUUUCAUCAGCGAUGAACGCAACGAAAAAUGUUAUGCAAGUGAUCUCAUUGCACCUAUUCUGACUACAGUUCCCGACAGCAAGUUUGAUAGCCACUAUAAAAGCAGCAGAAAGGAGUCUACUCUUUGUGAUAAUUGUGAACGGUUAAAAAGGCAGCAGAUGCAGAGCUAUUCCUAUAAUACUGGGCCUGGGAGUUAUGGAAAAUCGAAUUAUACCUAUUCUGAUUUCAGUAGAUUUAGAUUCCGGAACUUGGCUCGAAAUUCAAAGAUACCAAUGAGCAGGUUCCAUUAUCAGUCUUUUCCGAAUAUUGAACCAAGGCAUCAAAGAGUCAGAAGUGACUCAGUUGCCAUGAGAACUCCAUUGCAAAGAGAUACUUAUAUCGAUAAUAUAAUUAAGAGUAAACUCGAAAAUAGUAAGCGAAUUAUAGAUAGAUACUCAAGAUUGUCUCAAUCUUGGAAUGGAAUCAAGAAUAAAAGCCAGGUUGAUGCGGACGUACGUACUUACUUAAAAAAAAGAGAGGUAGACAGGCUGGCUAGCUACAGCAACAAUUUGAUCCGGCAUUCAAUACCAAACCAAAGUUUAACGACAGGCAAUUAUUCAGCCGUGGACUCAAAGCACAAUUAUCAGAAAAUAUUACGGACACUAUCAGACAGAGAGACAGUACCUCAUAGAGCAAAUCUGUACAAACAUGUUGUAUUUUCUUCAGAAGUUCCCUCUUUUUAUGAUGACGUCUUGCAUAAAAAUUCUAACGCUUCAUUAUUGCAAGAAAGAGGAAGGGUCCAGAAUCACAACAUCUAUCCAUCAAAUUUGUCGACACUCUCAUCUUACCCGUCAAACCGUUCUUCCAGGGUAAGUGAUACGCAGACGAGUUCUGGUCAACGUCGGAGUUACUUAAGCUCCCCUUUUAAUGAAUCUGACUUUCAGGAAGUGCCAUUCUAUCAAAGAGACAUGAGUACUACAUUUAAGGGAGAUAUUGAAAAGUCCCCAGUCAAAAUUUAUGAAGAUACAAAACACGAUCGUGACGAAGUACGUACAAACAUGUCUGGCAACACAAAUGAUGGAUCAUUAGGGAGAGGGCAUGUGGAUGAAAAUAGUCCCCAAGCUGUGGCUGAAAAAAUGGUUACUCCUCGUGUCGUAAUCUUUGAGACAGAUACGGAAGAAAUUACCAUGAUUCCUCAGAUUGGAGACCCUACAAUAGAGACAGAGAAGGUUAAAAAUAAUAUCAUAACUGAAACUGCAAUUAAAAAGAAAGAUGAAGAUAAUGAUAGCAGCACCCACAUCAUCAAUCAGGAUGAAAAUAAUAAUGAGAACAAUCAUAAGGGUAAAAAGUCCAAGGACAAACAAUAUGAGGAAAAUACACCCAGACAGAUGUGCAUAGAAGAUGAUCUAAUAAACUCUGAACUAAAAAGGAACUCACAUGAGCGAGAAUCAAGAGCCACAGAAAAAUUAAAGCAAGGAGCCAUUGAGGAGGAGAAAACCGGGACAGUUGAAGAAUCUUUUGACAGAGAAAAUGAGACUCGUAAUAGAAAAACUGUUGAAGAUGAAAAACGCAAAGCAGCAAAUGACACCACUUCAAAAGUAGAGGAAGAAGACAAAACGCUUGAAGCUGAUACUGAAUUAAAGCACACUGAUGCCGUAUGCCAAAAAAAGGAACUGAAAGAUAUCGAUGGUGAUUUCAGGAAAAGUUCCAAAGAGUCUCCACCGAUUGUCAAAUCAGAAGUUGUCACCAAUGAGGGGCCUUCUGCUGAUGGGGGAGAAAACGAACUAAACUUCUCUGAUGUACAAAAUUCAACACGAAUAAAACGCACAUCUUACACGGAUGAAGACUCAGAAUUGAUGGGAAAAAACCAAAAGGAUACAGAUAUGAACGGAUCAGCACAACAGGUCGACUUUGGAGCUUUUCAUCAAGCAGAUGUGAUUAAUGACCAUUCUGAGAAACUAGCAUUUCCACAGUAUGAUGGAGUGCAUCAAGAGGUGGACGGGCACCUUGAGAGGCCGUAUGAGAUGUUCCAACAUCAGACUUACACUGAUCAAGAGCAACAGCCACUGGAUGAACAAAAUGCCCGUCAAUAUGAAAAUCAGCCUCAACAUAGGUAUGAGGAGCAACCUCAACUUCCAUACGAGGAACAUCAACCGCAAAAUAGGGUACAGAAACAGACGUAUGCGGAGAAUCCUGAAUAUGAAAAUCAGCCUCAACAAAGGUACGAGGAGCAACCGCAACUUUCUUACGAGGAACAUCAACAGCAAAAGAGGGCACAGAAACAGAAAUAUGAGGAGGACCCUGAAUAUGAAAAUCAGCCUCAACAAAGGUAUGAGGAGCAACAACUUUCAUAUGAAGGACUAAAACAGCAAAGUAAGGUUCCGAAUCAACAGGUGUACGAAGAGAACCCUCCGCAACCAUUUGAGGUGCAAGAGCAACCACCAUACGAGAGUCAAGGGCAGCCACUGUAUGAUGAGCACGUACAACAACAGUACCUGGAGCAACAAGAACCCUAUAACGAAAUUGUGUAUGAUGGGUCAAGCACUCAGUACAGAGAUGAGUCUCACUAUGUUGAACAAAAUGAGAACUAUCCCCAGGAUCCAAGCCAGUAUCCUAAGUUUGAAAAUACGCGAGAGGAUGUUUAUGACGAAAAUCAAAUUUACGAACAUUCUCAUGCACAAGAUGAAUUUAGGCAGUAUGAUGGACACGGGUCUCAGGAACUUCUUGCUCCAGAGCCUAUUUACGGUCAAGAUGGGAGGGUGGAAUAUUCAAGCUAUCAAAAUGAAUAUCCAGUGAACAAUGAGAAUUACGGAACUGCACAACAGCUAGAGGAGUAUGCGCCUGGUACCGAAGGCGAAGAUUAUAGUCAAAGAAUUCCGGAAGAAUAUGGUAGAGGUUAUGAGAAUCAACACAUAACUUCUGGAGAAUAUGAGCAACCAAGAAACAUGUACGGCGAAGCAAAUGAUCCGAGCCCAUACGUCCACCACACAGAAGAAUAUGGUCAAGACGGCUAUCAAGACCAAGAGUAUCGAACCAAUCAAGGUGAUCUCUUCGAACCGGAAGCUGAGUAUCCUACUCCGGAAUAUCAUCAGGAUCUUCAUUAUUCAGAUGAGCCACAAAAAUAUACUGAUGGUGUGCCAGAACAGUAUCAACGAGAAGAAUUGACUCAUAACACGCAUCCUUACUCACAGGAUGCACGCCGCACAGAUUACUCAUCUCAACAAGAAGUGUCUCGACAAGGAAACACACAAUAUGAAGAAAUGAAAGUCUCAAGAGCACAAGUGGAUGCAUACCAAGAGCCCCACCGCAAGGCUACUAAAGAGUAACACCAGUUAACUUACUUCCAAGCAUUGACCCUACUACUACUGAAGAAUAAAUACUUAAAUCAGUAUAUUUACAUUUUAAGAGUAGAUGCUUGUCUUUCUUGUUUUUCCCGGUUACCAAACCCCCUAUAAAGCUCAUCACUUACGAUUUUUGAACAAAACAUUUACCACGAAGGUAUAAUCUUAAUUAUUUUGCCAUGUUGAACUCAAGACAUCAUAUUUAAUUUGUGAAUCCCAUUUUACAUUUGAAGAGGAAAAGUUAAUUUAUUACCGGAUACAUUUCUCUUCAUUUUUUACUUCCUUAAAAGUGGCAAAUUUUCCUAUUAUAGCUCGCAAUCAAAAUUGAUAAAGACCAAAGUUUGAUCCCUUUUAUCCAAAGUUUAUCCUUGUAGGAAAUAAUAGGAAAAAGCUAAAGAUCAAUUCAAGGCUAAAGUAAUUGAAAAAAAAAAAGAAAAAAAUGCAGGAUGCUUCGGAACUUACGCUACAAUUAAUUAUCAACAGCUAACACAAAA